AUGACCCGUGCCAAUCCCUUGAACGCCAGAAAUUCAAACAAUAUGGAAUUUCUACCAACAUUUCUCGAAAUACCCUCGGAGCGCGGAGAUGAUGCUCGAAUUCGAUCUCAAGCCGAGCUUCUACGAAUAGUCGUAGAUGCUAUUAAGGUCGACGGUGUCAACUCAACUAGCCAGAACUCUUUAUCGGAAGAUAUGCACGGACGUAAUGCACUCCAUGCUCUUGCAGAAGUCGAGCUUGACAUUGAGCGGGUCCAACAUCCCACCGAUGAUAACCAACGACACAAGAAAAGGAAAUACAAAGAGGAAGAGGGCGGCGAGCCAAGGCCAGAAAGUAGUCACAAUAGCAAGCGAUUAGAGUUCCUCGAAGGGAUUCUUUCUACUAGUGUUGAUGUUAACCAUUACGACAAUCGAGGACAAACGCCAUUGAUGGCAUUUAUCGCGCUGAGGCCGGAAGACUCCAGAUUGGAUAAAGAAGAUAUGGAGAGAUCAAUCCGGAAGCUCUUCGAAGCGGGUGCAAAUCUCGAGAAGCGUAAUGGCGAGGGUAAAACUGCCCUUCACGUCGCGGCCUGCUCCGGGAAAAAGGUCGCCUUAAAGGAGCUUCUUCAACUGGGAGCCAAUCCUUAUGUUCGUGACGCAUGUGGCUUAAGUGUCCUCGCUGCAAUCGACGAACUAUGGGCCCAUACCGAAAGAGACGGCAUCAUUACGGCACGACUAGAAGCGUGUCGAGGUGUUUUUACAAGCAUGGUUCAGCCGGAUGCCCAGGAGCCCAGUGUCGUACAGGAAUGGGGGGUAAGAAGACCAGUAUUAACUAGACCGUGA